GUGCUUUGUGCAGCUGCCGGGGACCAACCGUGAAGAACGGGUAACUCUCCGAACCUGGGAGAUGCUCCAUCGCAGCCCGCGGGCCUCCCCACCCGACAGCCCAAGUGUGCGAGCCACACUGACCGUGACGACCUGGGUGGUCUCUUUAGCCUCCUGCUACUCCUACACUUCGAACACUUUACCAGAUAUCAAAAAUGAAGAGUUCAUCAAAGAGUGCGUUCGAUUGCACAAUAUGUUCCGAUCAGCUGUGAGCCCGGCAGCCAGUGACAUGCUGUACAUGACUUGGGACCCGGCAUUAGCUCAAAUUGCUAAGGCGUGGUCCAGCACCUGCCAGUUUAAACAUAACGAUCGGUUGAAGCCGCCCCACAAGCUACACCCAAACUUCACGUCGCUGGGAGAAAACAUCUGGACCGGGUCCGUCUUCGUCUUUUCUGUGUCUUCAGCCGUCACGAGUUGGUACGAGGAAGUCGAAGACUAUGACUUCGAAACGAAAGCCUGCCGAAAAGUCUGUGGCCAUUACACCCAAGUUGUUUGGGCAAAUAGCUACAAAGUUGGCUGUGCUGUACAGUUCUGUCCUAGGGUCUCUGGUUUUGAAAAGCUUUCCAAUGGAGCGCAUUUUAUAUGCAACUACGGACCAGCAGGAAAUUACCCAACCUGGCCAUAUAAAAGAGGAGCUACUUGCAGUGCCUGCCACAAGGAUGACAAGUGUUUGGACAAACUCUGCAUUAACCAAGAGCGAGACAAAGUCAAAAGUUACUACUCCAUUAAGUAUCCAGACUGGCCAAUAUCCUUACGUAACAGAUACACCUCUCUUGUUCUCAUUGUGAAGGCAUUCGUUCUAAUACUGAGUGUUAUAAUUACCAUCUUGAUCCAGCACAAAUACCCUAAUUUAGUUCUUUUGGAUUAACACAAUCCAGGGGGGAAAAAAUUAAAUAAAUGGCUUUA